AAGAAGUCAAUUGCAAUUUCGUGGGCAAUUCGUUCGUACUACCUGGAUUACGCGUAGUUAAAUUGUUGAUUUGUGACUUUUUAGUGCUUUUCUAAAGCUGAAAGAAAUUGAAAUAAAUAAAAUACAGUUACGACUCAACGGAAAUCCUUAAAGGACACCUAUACUAACAUGUCGAAUAUGAAAAUAUUGGGAAAAGAAUCGACCGUGUCCUCGCAAUCAAGAUUGUCGCGUAUUUACCCCGAAAAUGAUGGAGAUGACAUAGUUAUAGCGGGCAUGGCCGGAAAGUUUCCCAAUUGCCAUAACAUCGCGGAGUACGAGCAUUGUCUAUAUAAUAAGAUCGACAUGGUUGACGAUGAUGAACGCCGUUGGCGUCACUUCAAUCCAGAAAUUCCAAAACGUUCUGGUAAAAUUUAUAAUUUGGACAAGUUUGAUGCAACCUUUUUCGGAGUGCAUUUCAAGCAGAGCCAUACCAUGGAUCCGCAAACAAGAAUUUUAAUGGAAACUGCUUAUGAAGCUGUUAUCGAUGCCGGCAUCAAUCCAAAAACCUUACGCGGCAGUAGAACUGGCGUCUAUAUUGGAGCAUGCAUUUCUGAAUCGGAAAAAACCUGGUUUUAUGAGAAAGUUUCAUCGGGAGGUUUUGGAAUCACAGGCUGCAGUCGUGCCAUGAUGGCAAAUAGGAUAUCGUACAGUCUUGGAUUGCAGGGGCCAUCGUUUCUGAUCGAUACCGCCUGUUCGAGUUCGAUGUAUGCCCUCGAUUGUGCCUUUAGUGCUAUUAGAAGCGGUGAAAUAGAUGCGGCCAUUAUAGGGGGAUCCAAUCUGCUGCUACAUCCAUACGUCACACUUCAAUUUGCUCGGCUUGGUGUUUUGGCUCCCCAUGGGUAUUGUCGCCCAUUUGACAAGAACGCGUCUGGCUACACUCGGUCGGAGGCCAUCAAUUGUCUCUUCCUUCAGCGGAAGCGUGAUGCUAAACGAGUCUAUGCAACAGUCGUCUAUUCCAAGACCAACUGUGAUGGCUUCAAACCCGAGGGAAUUACAUACCCUUCAGGCAAAGUGCAAGAGCAAUUGUUGCGAGAAUUUUAUAGCGAAAUCGAUGUUGCGCCCAGUGAUUUAGGGUAUUUAGAAGCCCACAGCACGGGCACUGUGGUAGGUGAUCCCGAGGAAUGCCGUGCCAUUGAUAAUGUCCUGUGCAGUCAGCGAAAUGAACCUCUGUUAGUUGGUUCGGUAAAAUCGAAUGUGGGCCACUCGGAAUCUGCUUCCGGUAUAUGUUCGUUAGUAAAGGCUUGCUUUGCAUUUGAAACCGGCAAAAUUGCACCCAACAUUAAUUUUGAGGAGGUUAAACCCGAAAUAAAUGCUUUGGCCGAGAAACGUUUGAUUGUUGUUAACGAGGUAAUGGAGUUACAAAAGCCAUACAUCGGAAUCAACUCCUUUGGAUUCGGGGGUGCAAACGCCCAUGCCGUUUUGAAGGCAUAUCACAAAUCAAAACCAAAUAAUGGUUUACCGGACGACGACUUUCCACGUCUGGUCACAUGGGCUGGUAGAACCGAAGAAUCGGUAAAUACAAUAUUUGAUGAACUGCUGAAGAGGCCCCUGGAUGCAGAAUUUAUUGGACUCUUGCAUAACAUCCAAAAAGAAGAUGUACCUGGAAUGGUAUUCCGUGGUUAUGGUGUGUUCAGUAAGAAUGGCAAUGAGGCAGCAAUUGCCGAAGUGAGAGAUGUCCAGCACUACUCCGGCAUUAAGCGCCCAAUUGUAUGGGUGUUUAGCGGCAUGGGAUCACAAUGGACUAAGAUGGGAUCUGCACUGAUGAUUAUACCGCAGUUCCGCAAGACCAUUGAACGAUGCCAUGCUGCACUACUUCCGAUGGGUUUGGACCUGAUUGACAUUUUGACAUCCGACAACCCCUCCGUCUUCGAGAACAUUCUGCAUUCAUUUGUUGGCAUUGCCGCUAUUCAAAUUGCCUUGGUCGAUGUAUUGCAUUCCCUGGGACUGGAACCGGAUUACAUUAUUGGUCACUCAGUUGGUGAGCUGGGCUGUGGGUACGCCGAUGGUGGAUUUACACCCGAACAAAUGAUAUUGGCAUCAUAUUACCGCGGCAAAGUAAGUUUGGACAUUGAAAAAAUAAAAGGGUCCAUGGCAGCUGUGGGUAUUGGUUACAAAAAAAUUGUGGGAAUUCUACCGCCUACCAUAGAGGUGGCAUGUCACAACGGAUCCGAUUCAUGCACUAUUUCGGGUCCGUCCGAAGACGUAAGUAAUUUUGUUGCCGAACUUAAAGCAAAGGAUAUUUUCGCUAAAGAAGUUCCAUGCUCCAACAUCGCAUAUCAUUCGCGAUAUAUUGCCCAUAUGGGGCCCCAUCUGUUGAAAUACCUGAAGGAAAUUAUUCCAGAGCCUAAAACAAGGAGUUCUAAAUGGCUUAGCUCCAGUGUGCCUAAAUCCGAAUGGGACCAACCCGGUCGCAAUUUAUGCUCCGCCGAAUACCAUACAAACAAUUUACUGAACAGUGUCCUGUUUGAAGAAACCUUUGCACUUCUCCCGAAGGACGCUCUCACAAUAGAAAUAGCUCCGCAUGGCUUGUUACAAGCCAUAUUGAAGCGUUCAAUGCCUAAGGGUGUACAUAUUCCCCUUACUCAGCGAGCCAAUAAGAACAAUGGGCUCUUCUUCUUGACGGCGCUGGGCAAGCUCUUCUCCAAUGGUUUGACAUUUCCCGUAGAGAAUCUCUAUCCCCAGAUUGAGUUCCCUGUUUCACGGGGUACGCCUGGUAUAAGUUCCCUAGUCCGUUGGGAUCACAGUGAAAACUGGUUCGUCACAACCUACGAGAACAUGAAAACGAAAGCGAGUGGGGAACGCAUGUACACGAUCAGCUUGUCAAGCGAUGAUGAAGAAUUCAUCGGCGGCCAUGUUAUUGACGGCAAGAUCCUUAUUCCAGCCACAUGUUACCUGCAGUAUGUGUGGGAAACCUUUUGUCUCAUGUUCCACGGUCCAAGUUAUAUGGACAUUCCAGUAGAGUUUGACGAAGUUAAAUUUUUACGUGCCACUCACAUGGUUCCAAACCAGAACGUAAACCUUACGGUCAUGAUCCAUUACGGGACUGGAAAUUUCGAAAUUACCGAGUCGGGAACAUUGGUGGUGACCGGGCGCAUUACUGAAGUUGAACGGCCUACCAUUCCCAAGCCAGUCGAUAUUGUACCGGAAACCGACUACCCAAUGAUGUCGACGAGGGACUUUUACAAGGAACUGAGAUUACGCGGCUACCACUAUAACGGGGCAUUUAAAGCGGUCAAUGAAGCCCGUGGGGAUGGGCUUUUUGGGAAAAUAGAAUGGAAGUACAACUGGGUGACAUUUAUGGAUGCCAUGUUGCAGAUUCAAAUUUUGGGAACUGAUUCGCGAUCAUUGCUACUGCCAACAAAAAUUCGUAAACUGCGUAUAUAUGGCGUACAUCACUUUGAUCUGAUGUGCAAAAUGGACCCAGACAAUCGGGUCUUUGACGUUUACGUCGAUUCGAAGAACAACCGCAUUGUCUCGGGCGGCAUUGAACUAAUAGGUGUACAUGCUAGUCCUGUACAGCGACGCCGUCCCCCAGGCAUACCCGUUUUGGAAAAAUACCAAUUUCUACCCCAUUUCCCCUCACCUGUUUUGGCAAAGUCUGACGCCGUCCGAGCUUGUGUUCAAAUCGCUCUGGAAAACACGCCCGCAUUGAAACUAAGAAUUGUUGAGGUGGACACCGACGGCCGUGAUUCUCUGAUAACUGACUUUUUGGACUCAAUUGAAGAUCUGCCACAAGUAACCGGCGACUAUAUGCUACUCUCAAAGAGAACAUUCCCGGAUUUGCAUACAUCUGUGCACGUAGAAGAUGGCAAACUGUCAUCAUUAAGUAAUUGCUAUUUCGUCAUAAUCGGAGGCCUGGGCGGAUUGGUGAACGAGUCCACAAUCAAAAUUGCCGGGAAGUCACUGAUUGAAAACGGGUUUAUGGUGGUACGUGAGCGCACAGCCUCCAACAUCGACAGUCUUGUUAUUCCAGAUAAAUUUAAUCUGAUUGCUGCCAUACCUUUGGACAACAACGAAGAAGUUAUUUUGCUACUCCAAUAUAGGCCGAAGAGUGUGAAUAUUGUGGAACCAGUUCUGAUAGAAGUCAGCGAAUCUGAUGAUGAAUUCAAUUGGGUGACAAAAGUUCAACAAGCUUUGUCCACCAAAGUGCCGGUCGUCCUCUAUGCCAUUAACGAGAAGGUGAAUGGCCUGAUUGGUCUUGUUAAUUGCCUCCGUAAGGAACCUGAAGGGUCCAUUGUUUCGUGUUUCUUUGUGGAUGAUGAAAAUGCGCCUAAAUUCGCUCUAUCGGAUAGUUUCUAUGCGAGCCAGCAUGCGUUGGGUUUGGCUGUAAAUGUGUAUCGGCAUGGCAAAUGGGGCAGCUAUAGACACCUUCAACUUAGCUUGAAGGAAGAACCUGAGUGCAGAAAGGAUCACAUUUUUGGCAAUGUUAUACAUCGCGGAGAUUUGUCGUCAUUGCGUUGGUUCGAGGGACCUCUGAAUCCUGCCGAUGCUGAAAUUAAAAUUACCUACUCGUCGAUUAAUUUCCGUGACAUAAUGCUUGCUACGGGCCGCCUGGCUGUGGAACUGUAUGGUGCUGACCGCCUAAACCAGACCUGCGUGCUUGGUUUUGAAUAUUCUGGAAUAAAUACCAAGACUGGUAAACGCAUUAUGAGUAUGGUUGUCAAGGGUGGUGUGGCAUCCUACGUGGACAAACCAUCCUCGCUAAUAUGGGAAGUUCCGCCGCAUUGGUCCAUGAAAGAGGCAGCCACUGUCCCAGUUGUCUAUAUUACGGUUUACUAUGCCUUCUUUAUGUCCACGGACAUCAGGAAAGGCAAAAGCAUACUAAUCCAUGCCGGCACCGGCGGUAUUGGUAUAGCUGCUAUACGCACGGCCUUAGCCUACAAUCUAGAGGUAUUUACCACUUGCAGUACGCCGCAGAAGAAGAAAUUUUUGCUGGACACCUUCCCUCAACUACAAGAAUCUCACAUAGGGAACUCCCGUGACACCUCCUUUGAGGAAAUGAUCCAACGUGAAACUAAUGGCAAGGGAGUGGACUUUGUCCUCAACUCACUGUCUGAAGAUAAGCUGCUGGCAUCGAUUCGUUGUUUAGGUACGUGUGGACAUUUUUUGGAGAUUGGUAAAUUCGACAUGGCCAAUGACAGUAAACUAGGUAUGAGCUGUUUCCUCAAGGAACUGACAUUCCACGCUGUAUUGGCAGAUCGUCUGCUGUUCGCUUCAGUCGAAGAAAUUGCUCACCUGAAAAACAUAAUUGACACCGACAUUGCCAAUGGCAUCAUUCAACCCCUGCCCGCCACCGUAUUUCCAGCUCACGAAAUUGAACAAGCAUUCCGCUACAUGGUAGGCGGUAAGCACAUAGGUAAAGUUUUGGUGCAAGUGCGAGAAGAUCCGGACGAGGAGUACACGCUACCAGUGAAAGUUCUGAAGCAGGUCUAUUUUAAGCCAAACCUUAGCUAUGUUAUUCCCGGUGGCUUGGGUGGCUUCGGACUUGAGUUGGCCGAUUGGAUGGCAACACGCGGUGCCAAAAAAAUAGUGUUGAGCUCAAGAAAUGGAUUGUCAAAAGAUUAUCAAUCCUAUCGAAUUGCUUUAUGGAAAACGUAUGGAUGUGAAAUUCACGUAAGCACCCAAGACAUUACCACUUAUGAAGGAUGCGUGAACUUGCUUGCAGAAGCUGAAAAACUUGGUCCAGUCGGGGGAAUUUUCAACCUGGCAGUGGUUCUGCGCGAUGCCAUUUUCGAAAAUCAAACCAAAGAGAUGUUUAUGGAAUCGUUUGGCCCUAAAGCACGGGCGACCAAAUACUUGGAUGAACUUUCGCGUAAAAUGUGCCCGAAAUUGGAGCAUUUCGUUGUUUUCUCCAGCGUUUCCUGCGGUAGGGGAAAUGCGGGGCAAACGAACUACGGCAUGGCCAAUUCUGUUAUGGAGCGAAUUGUUGAGAAACGGGUUGAGGCUGGUUAUCCAGGAAAGGCAAUUCAAUGGGGCGCUGUUGGUGAAGUGGGCUUAGUUGCAGACAUGGCGGAGGAUAAAAUUGACAUGGAAAUCGGGGGCACCCUGCAGCAACGUAUUUCAUCAUGCUUGCAAGAAUUGGAUACACUUCUUAAUGCACCCGAUGCCAUUGUAUCGAGCAUGGUAGUGGCUGAAAAGAGGGCAGCACGAUCGGGUAGUGAGAGUAUCAUUGAAACAGUUAUGAACAUAAUGAGUAUUCGAGAUAUUAAGUCCAUUUCCAUGGGAACUACUCUCUCCGAGAUGGGAAUGGACUCCCUAAUGGCGGUUGAAAUUAAACAAACUUUGGAACGAGACUUUGAUUUGGUAUUGUCUCCGCAGGAUUUAAGAUCCCUGACAUUCCAGAAGUUGGCUGAAUUCGAGGAAGCUCGCAAACGCGAAGACGCUGAAACCGUAAAGAUGAUAUUUACGUCGGACAGCCAAAAUUAUGGCAUUGAGCUUUUGCUACGAAACUUGGGCGACGAGUCCCACUGCGACAAAGUGACAUUACCAUUGGAAACAGCAGCAAAUGCCACUAGACUUCAAAUGCCACCCUGUAUUAUUAUUCCUGGUCUAGAGGGAACUGCUGGUAUGUCAUGGUACAAGAUUGCCAGUGAAUUGAACACGAGAGCGCUUCUGUUACAGUUACAGUUUGCGGAAAUGACAUCGGUGAGUGAAAUAGCUGAGGCUGCUUUUGAACACGUCAAGAGCGUGCUGAAAGUCAAUGAGCCAUUCUACAUGAUUGCUUAUUCCUUUGGCUCAUAUGUGGCAUUGCGGUUGACAGCUCUGUUGGAGAAGGCAGGCUUCCGCGGUAAAUUAAUGCUGAUAGAUGGUGCCCCGCAUUUCCUCACCAAGUUGUGUCUGCUCCACAUCGGCGAAGACUUUUCGGACUUGGAACUUUACGAUUUUCUGUUCACCAGAAUAAUUACCCAAAUAUUCCCGGACACUAAAAAGGAAUCGAUCGGAGUAGAGUUCCAUCAAUUGCUGACACUGGAUCAGAAGAUGGACAAAUUCUUGCAGUAUGUCGAAAAUCAGGACAUUUAUUCCAAAGACUAUUCGAAGACCAUAGUCCAAGCCAUGUUCCGACGCAUCCGCAUGGCUGCCAAAUGUGAUCUGGCUUCACUUGAAAAGUUGAAUACGCCUAUUACACUCAUAAGACCAGCAGAGGUAUCGUUGCAGGACAUCGACGAAGACUACUGUCUGCAGACCCUUACCAACGAAAAGGUAAUCGUAAAAGUCAUAGAAGGAAAUCACACGACCAUGCUGGAUAACCCUCUUCUGACCCACUACAUCAACGACUUUGAUCCGUCCAUUGACGAUGACAAGAAUUUCGAGGGUUAUAUUCGGGACACGAAAUCGGUCCGAGUUGUUUAAUAAUAGGUAAUUCCUAAUACUGAAUGAAUCGACAUGAAACCCAUGUGCUAAACGAACGGAUUGUAUAUUCAAUAUAAUAAUCUCUUUGUGAACAAUCAAGCCUUAUCGAAUAAAUAAAAUUCAAAAAUAUUUAAAUAUA